CACCACCCGACUUAUUAUCAUCGGAAGGCUCCACAAAUUCGAUGAAGGCUUCAUUCUCGUAGAAGCACGCCCCUUUCCACUUGACGGUGCUGUUCUCAUCAGAUACAGCUCCAACAAAUUGCGGUAAUAUGUCCACAGCGUUGUGGAGAGUAUUCAAGAGGGGCCAAGAAAUGCUGUGAGGCAAAAGAGGAAGCAGAUCUUCCGCUCUGAACGGCGCCUUGAAGGCUCCGACGGCAAGAAAGCACGUGAAGAAUAGCAGACCGGUGACCUGCGCAGUGCCUCCAGCCUUACCCAUCUCCUCCCUUUGGCCCUUCUUCACUCCUGUACCUACUCGUGACACACACGACUAAGACUUCCUCGUGAUUGAGCAGAAGCGGCCACUUCACGGUAUUGUGCCAAUUUUGAAGCCUGAAGUCUUAGGACAUAGAUACAGAGUAUACACGAUCACAAAAGUGAGCUCCUCGUUAUCAAUCGAUCACUAAGUCGGCCAGCUAGAGCAAUUGUUCGAUUUCCCGUCUCUCCUCAUCUCACUUCUCGCGCACCUGCCGACUCGGAACUCUAAAAUCUACAAUCUUCGGGUGUCGUGAUGACAAAUUGAGUUCUUGACCGAAACGUUUGGAAAGAAUGGGAAUCAGAAACGCCCAAGAAGCAACGGUCCAGUGCUCUGCACAGCCCGACCAACUGACCGAAGUACUUUCCACCCUCCGCGCCCGCCAGCAGAAUGAUCCGAGGAGUUGCUUUCGUCUGCGCCCUCCACUGCCUCAUCCGUCGGUGCCUCCAGAAAUCGGGACACUUAUUUGCCUGCCUCCCUGACAGGCCUCGAGCCUUCUGUCGCUCCCCUUUUGUUCCCUGGCCUGGCCCGGCCUGGCCUCGACUGCCCGUCGUCCGCCGAUUAAUUUCUCUCGAGGAAACCUGCAAUCAACCAAAGUGCCCGGUGAUAAUGUUUCUGUGCGCAGUGCAGCGGAGAUGGAAUUCAUGGCGAAAAGGUUUUAUAUCGUGGCGGGCGAGGGAGUGUCAACCACGUGUCGCGCAACAGCAGCGGUGGCAUCUCUCGAGCAUCAACCCUUGGCAUAAACCCAUUUCUUGACCGAGACGUCAGUCGACAUCGCCGCAUCUGGUGCCGUCGAUUUUCGGUCCCUCGGACAAGCACAGACGUGCACCGACAGCAGCCAACGCUUCCGUUCCUUCCCUUCCCUUUCCUUCCCUCCACUUCCCUCACUCCCUCCCUCGCUCGUCGUCGUCCUCCCCGCUUUGGCGUGCGGGCAUUUCUCAGCCGAGGUUCGCUCUAGGGCGGCUUUCAGACAUAGGACUCAGAUCAACAAUUUUCUUUGACACAUUUUUUUUGACACAAGGGUGGAGUGUGCCUUAUGCUUCCGUGGGACGAAGCAAGAAGUAAGCAGAUAAUUGUUCUUACGCAAGGGUUAGAAUCACGACACGAUCUCGUCUCACGUCCUCUCUUCGCCUCUUUCUUGGAAUUUUGUAAUCCACCCUUCAGAUGAUUGGGUUGUUGUUCCGCUCUAUACCGAGAGACCAAAAGCGACAUGCUUGCGUAGCAUGGUGUCACGUUCACUUUCAACUUUGCACCCAGAUGCGAAUUUCGGAUGCUUGCAAGGGCCGGGGUCAGUGUGGAAUUGAAGGGUAAUGGUGAAGGCAUGGAUGACGCAUAUAGCUUUGAAGUCCAUUAUGCAGCCCCUAUGGGUGAGGACUCUUGCGGAGGGUUGAUUCUUCACCGCUUUGUUGUGAGAGGAAGAGGAGGGAGGCGUACGGAGCAGGAGCUGUUCGUUGAGUGUUACAAUUGUUGCAUGAGAUGAUCACGAGAGAAGUCGAGGAAGCAUGUAUCAGACAAAUAGGACCUCAUACUUCGAUCUCCGCCCCCGCAACAACAGCAGCAGCAGAAGCAAAUGUGUUUCUGAAGGAGUAUGAUUGAACUUGAAAGGGUUGGGUCACUGUAUAUAACUCCGAAGAGGACCGCAGACAAAACGUAAUGGCGAGCUCUGCUGCUGGAGGAGGAGCGCCAGGAGGCGGUGGUGGCAAGGGCGGGAAGGCUGGAGCAGGAAAGGAGUCAGGACAAUCCGAUAGCACCCUAAAGAGGAAACGUGGAAUUUUCAGCAAAGAUCUUCGUUUGAUGAUGUACGGCUUUGGCGACGAUCCGGAUCCGUUGCCUGAGACUGUGCUAUUGGUAGAGGACAUACUACUUGAAUACAUAACUGAAAUGGUCCACAAGGCUCAAGAUGUUGCCUCUAAAAGAGGGAAGCUCACGACCGAGGAUAUUAUGUUUCUGGUUCGAAAGGAUUCCCGCAAGUUUGCGCGAGUCAAAGAACUUCUUGCGAUGAACGAGGAACUCAAACGGGCAAGAAAGGCCUUUGAGGUAGAUGAAGAAAAGCUUGCCAACGAGGAAUGACUGGUAAUGAAUUCGAUCGCCUUUAUUAGAUUAUAAGUUGUGGUCGCGAACAUCUCCAUUUAGAUUCAGUAGAGGUUUUCAAACUGCAGUUUAUUCGCAAAAUUAUCGUAUAAGGUUGUCAUGAGCUAUCGUGAUAAACUUUCGUCAAAUGUAUAUUUUGGCACUGGACUGUGCUUUUCUGUCAUUACUUCCGGAGAAGCAGCAAUACAUAUUAUCAGUAAACGCAAUACUUACUUCAUUCUC